UGGAGGAGUUCCGCGUUUAAAGCAUAAAGCUAGCUUCAGACAGACUGAAGGAGCUCACUGUAGAAGAGGGUCUAACCGCUGGCUUGAAAUCUAAAACAUGCUGACUUUGCUGGCGGAAAUGUAAAGACUUUAUUCGGAGAAGAGGCGACAGAAAUAACCGUUAAAAGAAGGCCAGAACAGCUGAGGCGCAAUGAGCAGCAGUCCUGCGUCCGUCCAGAUGGACGAGGCCAGGAGAAGAGCCCAGUCUCUCCUUUCGUCCUCGGGUUCAGCUCAGGAAGUGAAGGCCGACGUUCAGACGAUGGCCACUAUCGAGCUGCCUCUGUCGGAGAAGUACCGCCACGUCUCAGCUGAGGUUAUGCUGAAGGAGAACUCGGCAGGUCGUAACAAACAGGAGGUCCUGGAGUCUUUGAAUCGAUUCAUCAAAGCCUUGAGCAUCCUGGAGAAGUAUGGCUGUAACCUGACCUCUCCCACCAGACCCAGAUACUGGAGGAGUGUCAAGCACAACAAUCCUGUUUUCAGGACUACAGUGGAUGCCAUCAAAGGAGGCCGCAGAGUCCUCUAUCUCUACGGUUACACUAACCAGCAGGUCGACGGCCUCAGCUUUCCCGACGAAGUCGAGGAUCCGGAUACUGAAAAAGUCGCAGCGGUGACGCUGGAGGUCAUGACGCUACGCACGGAAGUGGAUAUGAUAGUAAAGGGCACUCAUCCUCACCUAGAACACUUCAAAGAAAUCAUCCCAUUCGUCAUCCCAAAGGCUCAGAUGGUGACUGACUCUGUGGCUAAGCUUCCCGUAGAGGAAAAGAAGCAGCAGCAGCAGCAGCAGCAGGGGGACAAACCUCUGAUCCUGCCUCUUCCUCCUAAACCUGCUCUGGUGCCAAAACCUUCAACAGGCUCUGCUGCAGUGAGCGGGUGCAGUUUGUGCGGCGGAGACGCGUCUCUGUUUUGCUCGGCAUGUGACAAUCCACAUUUCUGCGACGCAUGCGAUGACCUCUUCCACCGACACCCCAACAGAGCCAGUCACAAGAGGGACAAAUUACAGCAAACCAAACAAAACACCUGCACCAUCUGUGGAAUUUCUGCUGUCCAUGCUCGUUGCGCCACAUGCCUCCAGAGGUUGUGUCUGAAGUGCGACAAGCUGUACCACUCCCACCCUGAUCGUAAAGGGCACAACAGGACCAUUACUACACCUGCUAAAACAUCCAGCCCGUCUCUGUCCCCGUGGGAGUGCUCUCACUGCACUACAGUGAACGAGAUGCGAGCCGUUCUCUGCACGACCUGCGAACGGCCUCGACUCGCCACAGCUGUGUCCACUGUUCUGGAAAGCACCAUGUCACUUCCUGCAUCGCCGAAUGCAGAGUGGCAGUGUAAGAGCUGCACUGUGAUGAAUCAGGGCAGCAGCAUCCUCUGCGAGGUGUGUGAGCGCCCCCGUCUGGCCACUCGCCCUCCGGUCUCCUCUGACAUGUCCAUCCUCAGAUCUCUGUCUGACGCAAAGCAGUGGACCUGCCAAUUCUGCACCUUCGCUAACACCAAGGCCUCCACAGUGUGUGAGAUGUGCAACAUGUCCCCUAAAGAUUCUGGUGGACUUUCUCUGCCCCAGUCUCUCCAGCAGACGCCGUGCGGACCUAAGGACCGGCCACAGCCGAAGCCCCGAGUCAACCUGGAGCUGAAGAGGCAGAAGACGAUGAAAGAAGACGGGCUCGCUCUUGUCCGUCACAUCAGAGAAGCAGAACAGCGAGGCAUUAGCCCAGAGGAGGUGUACGCCGCUCUGGGCGCGUGCGGUGGCAGCAACGUUAACCCCUGUGACUGGCUGACCUCAGAGCUGCCUCACCUGCUGGAUGAAAUCUGCGCCAUGGCCGCCUCAGUCCAACUGAACUACAAAAUGGGGCGUGUCGGGACGCAGCCCGUGCUGGAGAGAGACGGAGGCGAGUCCGAGAAGAGCGGUCCGACCUCCAUAGGUGACAGCAUGAAGCUGUCCAGAGCUGAGGCCAAGUUGGCGUGGCUAAAAACAGGAGGAGAAACUGACAAAGCCGUGAGAGAGCUGCUGAGAGACCGCAAAGAAAAGAUGAAGGAGCUUCACUCUCUGGGCUUCCAAGAUGUGGCCCAAUGCGAGGAGGCCCUGCGGCAGAGUGGAGGUGAGAUGCAGGGGGCUUUGUCUCUGCUUCAGCGCCCCCUGCUGGAAGCUUUCCACCAGCGAAUCUGGACAGCCCAGCCCGAGCCGCCGAUUGAUCCCGCACACCCAGACAAACAGAGGACGUGCAGGCGGCUGCUGGCAUUGUAUGACCUGCCCAGCUGGGGGCGCUGCGAGCUCGUCCUGUCGCUGCUCCAAGAGCCGGGUGUCAGCUACUCCCUGGAGGAUGUGGUGCAAGCCGUGAAGGAGUCACAUGACAGAGAUUUUAUCAGGCGUCUCCUCAACAACGAGUGCCCCAUCUGUCUGAGCAUCUUCCCCCGCAGCAAGAUGCAGUCUCUAACGUCCUGUCAGUGCUCGGUGUGCCUCGAAUGCUUCAAGGCCCACUUUACCAUCGCCGUGAGAGACAAACACAUCCGAGACAUGGUGUGUCCCAGCUGCUGCGAACCCGACAUCAACGACCCAGAGAAGCUGGACAGCUACUUCUCCACGCUGGAUAUACAGCUGAGGGACUGCCUGGAGCCUGAGGUGUACGACUUGUUCCACAAAAAGCUGACCGAGCACGCUCUCAUGAAAGACCCCAAGUUCAUGUGGUGCUGUCAUUGCACGUCUGGGUUUAUCAACGAGGGAGACCAACUGAAGGUCACAUGCCUGUCUUGCCACAAGAGUUUUUGUGCUCAGUGCAAGAAACCUUGGGAACCUCAGCACCAGGAUGUGUCCUGCGAGCAGUUCCAACUGUGGAAGAGGGAGAAUGACCCGGAAUACCAGAGACAGGGACUGGCUGGCUAUCUGAGAGACAACGGAAUUACAUGUCCUCACUGCAGGUUCCAGUACGCUCUGACGAAGGGCGGCUGCAUGCACUUCAGCUGCUCGCAGUGCAGGUACCAGUUCUGCAGUGGCUGCAACAACCCCUACCACAAGACUAAAUGUAAGCCUGACUGCUCUCUCAAUUGCUUGCACGCUCAUCACCCUCGAGACUGCCUCUUCUAUCUUAGAGACUGGGAGCCUCCCAGACUACAGGCGUUUCUACAGAGGAGCGGUGUGGAGUUCAACACGGAUCCCUCUAAUGGAGCUCAGACCGAUGAAUGUGGUGUGAUGGAGCAGAAGGAUGAAGGCGGUCAGCAGGUGGAUUCACCGUGUGGCAUCAAAACACAGCCGGGACAAGCUGGACUCUGCGAUAAGCACUACAGGGAGUACCUGGUGAGCCUGAUAAACGCUCACUCUCUGGACCCGGCUCUGAUCUACGACCUCAACGAGGUGAUUCGGGCCUGUGAGAGGUACCAGGUGGACGUACAGCGAGGAGAGGGCGAGGAGGACAACGCUUACCAAGCUCGACUGCUCAAGAAACUGAUGGAGGUUCCUCUUGGAGAAAAAGUUCCUCGAAACAAAUGAAGACUUCCAGACUUUUUUCCACCCAGAUCCACAUCAGAGGAGUGUACUAUGAAGCACGCUCAACAAAGCUGGGCUUUCUCCGCUUUAGCUGGCUUGACAAAACCUAAAAUCCCAGUCAGAGAUAACUGCUGCUUCUCAACUUUCUCUGUUUUAAUGGAAGCUUUCUGGUCUGGGCUCACAUUAAAGGUGGUGUUUGACGCAUUAUUUCACAAGAUGAUUGAAUGCCAUUUAUGUCAAUCAGAGGUCACUGAGAGAGAUGAAUGAUAUAUUUUAAAAGAAAAUGAAGCCAAAGAUGAGUGCCACAGAAAGCUUUUAGCCUUGCCUAGAAAACCUCAAUUUUAACGUGACAGUAGCAGAUGAGCGCUUCUUCUCGAAUGAUCAAACCAGACAGUUUGUAGCAUGUGACCGAUCGCGGACUGAAAACUGGCAGCACAGCAGCUGAUCAUAUGAAGGAAACUAAAGCUGUAAUCUUAGAGAAAUAUGAACAGGUUAAACACAGAAAACAGACUCAGUAAUGCUCCAUCAUCGGGAUACAAUAAAUAUAAAUGAAAUAUAAAUAUUCCAUUAAUUCAACAGGCUUUGUCGUUUAAUUCAGACUGAAUACAGAAUAAUAAAACUGCUGUAAAACUCCAGGAAACGAAGAAAAAAAGCUACAAAUAAAGUUUCUCCUAAAAAUCUGCAUUUAAUGAUUGAUGCUUAUUAUUUAUACUGUCACUAAAAACACUGAGCUCCACGGGGAAUGGAUGCACUGUUUCAGGUGAUUUCAUAUGUGCUUUGGUGUAGCUGCAGCAUAAAUUACCAUGGCGAUGUAGCCCUGUAAGAAGAACAGCAAGGUUUAAAGCUGACGUUAACUCCAUAAGCAGAGUCCUGCUUUCCAUAGAACAGGACCAGGUUGCCUUAAGCAUUAGUUACCAUGGUGAUCUAGCAGGUUAAACUGAGCCUGUGGUCACUGAGGUAGAGCAGGUGUGUGUGUGUGUGUGUGUGUGUGUUAGAAUAAAAGCGCUGUAUGAAUGUGUGUGCUUGAAGUGAAUGAGGCUUGUAGUAAAAAGCACUUUGAGGGUUCAUGUUCAUUUAAGAGAUCCACCUUCAUCACAGUGAAAACUCUGACUUAAAGCUCGCCAUGCCCAACUAACCAGUUUAUCUCUUUGUAGUACACCUCUCUAUAUUCAGACUGUUUUUAAUUAGCAUGUUUAUUUUAUUUUAAAUGUAUUGGAAAUUUGUUGUUUUAUUUUGAAGGAGAUAAACCUUUGGAAUGGGUUUUUAAAAAAAUCAUUCAUUUGUGAUUUUCUUUUGCUCUCACGUCUGGUGCCUUUUAGGUAGCAGUGAUGCACAAAUUUUAAGAUUUGAAAGGAAAUAAUUUGUGGUGUGGAGCUGGCUCUUGAUGUAAUAAACUCUCAGUUUGAUUUAUCCAGUUAAAAAAAUGGAAACGUCUGUUUCAGAAUAAAUGUACGUUUAUUAACCAAAA